AAACAGCACUUCAAGGCCCACCAGGUCUGGGACAUGAUGAGUCUUCAAGGACAAAAGAUGAAGGCUAAAGAAAUGUCAACAAUUGGGAGCUUUGAAGGAUUCCAGCCUGUGUCUCUGAAGCAGGAAGGAGAUGUCCAACUCUCUGAGACUGAUCCCCUGUCCAAGGAAGAUGGAGACUCUGGCAAGGACCCAGUGCCAAGGCAGAUUUCAAGACAGUCAAGUGUGACCAAAUCAACACUUUUCCCAAAUCCUUAUCACCAACCUUACAUUUCACGGAAGUACUUUGCUACCCGGCCCGGGGCCAUUCAGACUGCUGUGGAAGAUUUGAAAGGCCACAUAGCAGAGACUUCUGGAGAGACCAUCCAAGGCUUCUGGCUCUUGACUGAGAUAGACCACUGGAACAAUGAAAAGGAGAAAGUGUUGCUGCUCACAGACAAGAUGCUCUUGAUCUGCAAAUAUGACUUUAUCAUGCUCAGCUGCGUACAGACACAGAAGGUUCCCCUGAGUGCGGUGUGUCGAAUCUGCCUGGGCAAGUUCACCUUCCCAGGGAUGUCACUGGACAAAAGACCAGGAGAAGGUCUUAGGAUCUACUGGGGGAGCCCAGAGGAACAGUCCCUGAUGUCUCGCUGGAACCCAUGGUCAACUGAAGUUCCUUAUGCUACCUUCACUGAACACCCUAUGAAGUACACCAAUGAGAAUUUCAUUGAAAUUUGCAAACUGACCGGGUUCGUGUCUAAGCUUGUUCCAGCUAUUCAGAAUGCACACAAGAAUUCCACGGGACCUGGGAGAAGAAUAGAACUGAUGGUGUUAACACAACCCAUUCUGAUUGAGACCUACAUGGGGCUCAUAUCAUCUAUUGGAAACCGCAACAAACUUGGCUAUUCCCUGGCCCGGGGCAGUAUUGGCUUUUGAGACUUAUUUUGUUCCUGUGUGCAUAUAUGUUAUAUAUGUACAUGGACAUACCUAUAUUGAAGUUUUGUUUAAGUUCACUGCAUUUAGGGGCUUCAACAAUUGAUUAUUUUAAAAUAGUAUUAUAUGACUGAUCAUUUAAUGGUUUAGGAAAUCUAAAAAUUUGAUUGGAAUCAAAUUUCCUUAAAACUAGAAAAUAAAUACUUCUAAUCUCAUCAAAUAAUGUUAUCAAUUGAGUGCCUGAUCAAAACCUUGGAGCAGUGUGAAGGAGGGGCUAAACAGUUAAGGCACUUGC